UAGAAAUCAGUAUCGUGCAAGUAAAUGGGAAGAAGAAACGACAGCAGAAUAGUAUAAUGUAAACUUUUGCAAGCCAAAGGAACAUGUUCAGCCGAUCGUGGAUUAUAUUCAUAUUUCAAGUACAACUUUUAAGGGGAUCAACAAUUGAUUACAGUUUUCGAGACGGUGUGUGUUUGUCGAAGAAAACAUUUAUAAGCGAAAAGGAAUGGGAGGUUAUUAAUUCUCUAACAUCAGAUGACUGGGAAGGCUUUCUCACCGAUGCCAUUCAAUCGUACAAUCAAGAGCAAAGAUUAGAGAAAAACUUAUUGAAACGACGCGUAAUAGUGGAAAAUGGCAGCAUAUCACAUACCCAAUUAUUGGAUACUCUGCCGAGUGGUGGAGCUCAGCGGAAGAGUUCUAUUAGCGAAAAAAUUCUCAAAGCAAGUCUAAAUGCAUACCAUAGUAAAUGUGCUCCUCUUAAUAUCAGUGGAGACAAGUGUGCAGUAAUGCUUAGCAAGAAGAAAUUACCGAGAAACAAUGAUUUGACCAAGCAGUGUGAGGAAAUGUUACAUAAUCAACCUAUGGACUACCUUCAUUCCUUUAGGCGAUUGCUACCGCGGCACUACAAGGAUGGUUUUCAUCAAAUGUUUAAUCAUUUACCAAAUCCCUUACUUAUAAGUCAAAAACUACAAGAGCUAGGAAGGGGCAAAGAGGAACAACAAUUUGACGAUAGCAACAAAAGUCUGGCCAUAAUACAAUGGGCGCAGUUCAUAGAACACGAUCUAAGUAAACCAGUGGUAAUGUCCAUGUACGACGGUUCGUCGAUUGAAUGCUGCGAUAAUAGAAAUCAUAAACUUCAACCGCGUUAUCGUCAUCCCGCAUGUGCGCCUUUAUUAAGCGAAGACAUAUCGUUGAAGUACGGUCCUGAUACAUGUCUCACCUAUGUUCGAAGUGCACUAACAGUUGGGGACAACUGCACGUUUGCUGCUCCAGAGAAAUUUAACCAAGCCACGCCCACUCUAGAUCUCUCUCAACUGUAUGGUUCUGCGGAUGAAGAACAAAAGCUUAUGCGUUCGUACAAGGACGGUUUGUUGAAAUCAACAAAUUCUCUAAAGCGGGGAGAUGAACUAUUACCUCUGGUACCUAAUGAACGCAUGCAUAAAUUUUGCUCUAUAAAAGAAGCCGAUAUGAAUAAACAGUUAUGUUUUAUGGCUGGCGAUUCGCGUGUCAACAACAAUCCCUACACCAUUGUCAUCUAUACAAUUUUCAUGCGGAAUCAUAAUCGUAUAGCUCGAAAAUUAAAAAUCAAAUACCCUCAAUGGAAUGAUGAAAUGCUGUUUGAGAAGGCGAAAACUAUUAAUAUUCUGAUGUAUCGGCAUAUUGUAUUCGAACAAUGGCUACCCGAGGUCAUAGGGAAUUCAUUGGCUUCGAAUAUCAAUAAGAAGAUUAUACGCGAUAACGAACAGCAAAUAUCCAAUGAGUUCGGUGUCGCGGGUAUCAGAUUUUUUUUCUCAAUGAUUCCAAAUAUAUUGCGCAAUUCUGAUCAUUUAGUAGAAUACACUAUACUUAGCUCCCGAAGUGGCGAGAAACAUGUUAGCCCACCACCAAUCAUAACAUAUUCCUCGAACGUUUUCGCAUUGAAGAAAGAGAUUUAUAAUCCCACUUUUCAAUAUACCACAAAAAAAUUCAACGACGUAUUAUAUUCGUUAUUGCAUCAAAAAGCCAUAAAAAUGGAUGCCACAUAUGAAAAUAGCUUGUUAACAAAUUUCAUGAGGGAUUUACCGCCCACUCAUUGGGAUAUAUUGGCUUUUGAUAUUCAACGCAAUCGUGAUCAUGGACUUAAGCCAUAUGUGAAAUAUUUGGAAGAAUGCAAGAAGACAAAUAUAAAUAAUUGGAAUGAUCUGGGGAAGUUUAUUGCUUUGAAGGAGUUGAAUAAAUUGAAAAAUGCGUAUAGAAACUUCAUGGAUAUCGAUUUGAUAGUCGGUGGAAUAUCGGAGUCUGCGGCCCCAAAUGCUACAGUUGGACCAACGUUUCAGUGUAUUAUAGCUGAACAAUUUUCUAAACUACGCUAUCAGGAUGAAGCUUGGUCUGAACUAUUUGCUCUCAUCAACGAACUUAAGGGAAUCUCUGCUGCCGAUUUACUUUGUGCUAAUUCGAAUCUAGUUUAUGUUCCUUCAAACAUUUUCCGGAUAUUUUCCAAGAAUAACCCUUCAGUGCAAUGCUCGGAUUCACUUAAACAAUGAUUGGGCAAUAAAAUGUUGCGAGUGUCAACAUCAAGUUAACGAUCAGAAAAACAUAAAAUAAAAACAAAAAUCUACUUGAAACGGAAAUAAAUAUAAAGCACGAUUUUCUUGCCAUUCUAUA